GGUAUGGAUGGUCUACUUCGACCCUAUUUUAUUGAACUGUUUGACGAUCACAACGUUAGAAUUGACGAUAAGAUAUCUCUCAAGUGUGUCGGCACAGGACAUCCAAUCCCAAUGAUUACAUGGUUUGUCGAUAAUACUGAACUCGACAAUAGAAAACAAGAACCAUAUACUCUACAUAAAGCACUGUUUGAUGAAUAUAUCGUCGAGAGAAAUAGGAUUGUUAGUUAUUUAAACAUUACUGUCCAAUCAGUGUUUGACGGGGGAACCUAUCAAUGUGUCCUCAGUAACAAAGCUGGUGUCACCCGACACUCAGCCAACAUAAGAGUAGCCGGACCUACAAAAAUAAGACCCAUGUAUAACAAAAACUUAACGGCAAUGACUGAUAUCAAACUUAAUUGUCCGACAGUCGGUGAUGAACCCAAACUCAUUGAAUGGCAUAAAGAUGACAAAAAACUGCCGCUUAAUCAUCGCCAUCGAGUUCAGGCAAACGGAACUCUUGAGAUCCAACAUUUGGACAAAAGUGAUUCCGGCAUAUAUACGUGCAUUGCUUUCGGUGAGAAAAACUCCGAUAUUGUGAAGCAGUCGUUCAAAAUGAAAGUUAAAGUACCGCCUGUCAUUGAGGGCUUUAGUUUUAAUAAUAAAUUAGAGGCUGGAAUGAGAACUAGGAUCUACUGUAAUGUUGCACAGGGAGAUCAGCCGGUUAGCAUAAAGUUCUAUAAAGAUGAACAGUUAUUAUCUACUGGUGCUCGAGAUGAUGGCAUAACUGUUCAAGAAGUGGAUCCCUAUUCCUUGUCACUCGCCAUAGCAAACCUUUCAGCCAUACAUAAUGGGAAUUAUAGUUGUGUGGCAUCCAAUGAAGCGGCCACUGUUAGCUACAAUUCAUAUCUUGUAGUCAAUGUGCCUCCGAAGUGGAUAAUUGAACCAAAAAAUACUGACACAGUUGAAGGAAAUGCUGUUAGAAUAGACUGUUCUGCUGAUGGCUUUCCCAUUGUUCAGAUCACUUGGAAACGACUGCAAGACUCGUUUAAUGGUGAAACCAACACAAUGGCAGUCCAUCAACAGUAUCUCCUGAUAAGGAGUGGACCUAAAUAUCAAGUUUUCCAAAAUGGAUCGCUUAAGAUAGCAAAUGUUGAAGAAGCAGAUGAAGGUCAAUAUCUAUGUCAAGGAUCUAAUGGCAUCGGUUCCGGUUUGAGUACUUUAGUCAAACUGUUUGUUCACAUUCCGGCCAAAUUCAAAGAGUCGUCAGAUUUAACAAAUAUAAGUGUCAUUCAAGAACAUCCACUUGAAUUGGUGUCUAAUAUUAUAGGAGAUCAUCCAAUAAGCGUUGAAUGGACUUUCAAUAAUCACAAAAUAUUAUCACAUAAUUCUGAUUAUUUAAUCAAAGACGAAGUGAAUAAAGAGGGAGUCAUUUCAAUGUUACAAUUGAAGUCCGUAUCGCACAGUAAUUCAGGAAUCUAUAAAUGUAUUGUUAUUAAUGAAUAUUUGAAAAGUCCAGUCGUCAAAACAUUUCGAGUGAUAGUCAAAGAGCCUCCGGAAGCGCCUCAAGAUAUUAGCAUUAUAUCUAAAUCAAGCCAAACAAUAGCACUGUCGUGGAAACGGCCUUAUGAUGGAAACGAUGAGAUACGUGAAUAUGUGAUACAAUAUGUGAAUACAGAUAAUGAAACAUUACAUCGAUUGCAUAAUCACAGUAUCUUUGGCAACAUUAGCUCAACUGUUCUUAGAGGUCUUCAACCGUCCACUCACUAUACUAUUGUAAUGUAUGGUAUUAAUAGUGUUGGCAAAAGUAGACCAUCAAAAGAAAUUAAGUUUCAAACAGAAGAAGAGUCGCCAUCAGGUCCUCCAACACGCGUCCAAUUGAUGGCAAUCGAUGCCAACAGCAUUAAGGUUGACUGGUUUUCACCACCAAUACAUCAAAUCAAUGGAGAGCUGAAAGGAUUUUAUAUCGGAUAUAAAGCUCUCAAUACAAACGAUCCGUUUAUCUAUAAAACUGUUCAAAUAAAAGGCAAUCCGGAUUUAGGCAAUGCUUUCUCACUAAUAUUACAGGGAUUGAGGCCUUACACAUACUAUUCAGUGAUAGUUCAGGCGUAUAAUAAUGUGGGCGCCGGUCCCCGAUCUGAUGAGAUAACUGUGCGAACCGGAGAAAGUAUACCAUCGAGUGCUCUGACAGGUGUCUCAUGUGAUUCAUUUUCACCUCAAAGUAUAUCUAUAUCGUGGAACAGUUUGCCCGACGAAUACAUUAAUGGAGUUUUGAAGGGAUUUAGAGUUUAUUAUAGACCAACUGAUUCUGAUACCAAAGAUUUAAUGAAAAAUGAAGUAACGGCUCAACAAAACAAACUAACACUUUAUGGGUUAAGAAAGUUUACAAAUUAUUCGCUGUCUGUCAUUGCCUUCAAUAAUGUCGGAGAUUCGCCGUCGACCACAGUAUUCUGUAAGACUCAAGAAGAUUUGCCCGCUUUAGUUGACACUAUCAAAGCAUUUCAAUCGGGACCCGACUCUGUUGUCGUUAGUUGGAAACCACCAAAACAACCAAAUGGUGUCAUUAGAAAGUAUGCCAUUUAUAGGAAGAGCUCGAAUGAAGAGGAGGUCAAUAGUUUUACAGUGCCUUCACAUCUCAAUUACCAUAAGACUUCAAAUUUAAUAAGAGGUUAUAGAUAUAACUUUUGGGUCACCGCCUGGACAUCUGUUGGUGAAGGAGGAAGCAGUACUAUUGUUAGUGUGAUUAUGGCCACUAAAAUUUCUGCAAGAAUAGUCUCAUUUGAUGAUCAAAUUGAAGAAACCAUUGGACAAAAUGUAGAACUAUUCUGUAAAUCAGUUGGUAUUCCUGAACCAGAAAUUAAAUGGAAAGUAAAUGGUAUUGUGUUUGAAAUGACUAGUCAUACAAAAAAUCCAAGACUUCAACAUUUGAUGAAUGGCUCCUUAAGAAUAUCCAAUACAACUCUUAACGAUUCCGGAAAUUAUUCGUGUCUUGUAUCCAAUAUUCAUGGUUUUGAUGCAAUCACUUAUGAGCUUAACAUUAGAAGAGAUUCCAAUUCUAAUUAUCCAUUGUCUCCAAUUGUUGAAGUGGUUAACAUUACCACCAGUUCUAUAAUCAUUAAAUGGGUAUUAAGGGGUCAGGAAGUGCUACCCGUUAAGGCUCAUGAGGUAUACUUUAGAAGUAGUGUAAGUAAAGAAUGGAAAUAUUAUAUCAUAACUGAUGAGAACCUAAACAACAAUAAGACGUUUUCAAUCGAGCACUUGUUGUGUGGAAAUCUGUAUCAAAUAUAUGUGAUUAAUGUCAAUAGUUAUGGUAAAAGUAGUCCAUCAGACAUACUAAACGUGCGGACACUUGGAAGGGAACCGAUAUCACCGCCAUAUAAGUCAUUCGUAAAUCGCAUUAACUCGACUUCAGUUAAGCUUAAUCUCAACAUCUGGAAGGACGGCGGAUGUCCGUACACUUCACAUCCCAUCGUUCAGUGGAAACCAAUGGAAACAAAUCAAUGGAAUCUUUUAUUUGUUAAUUCAGUUCUUGAAACAGCUAUUAUCAGUGAAUUUAAACCAAAUAAAAACUAUAAAAUUAAAGUAAUUAUGAAGAAUAGCGCCGGAACUACAGCUGUUGAGUAUGAUAUCGAUCCCUAUGGCUUACCAAACAAUGUUUACCAUAUAUCAGGUCACUCACCGGUUCACAUAGCAGUUGAACAUUUGGACAACAAUGUCAGUGAAGAGAACGAAGUGGUUCCUAUUGUGUUCACUGUUGUUAUAUCUGUAAUACUGCUAUUGGCCGGCAUUUUGGCCGUCUUUAUACUAUAUAAAGCAAUGCAAAAGAGAUUCAAUCAAAAUACCGCUGAAGAUCGUACUCCGGGACAUACGGAUAAUAUAUUUAGAAAAGUAGCACUAAUUCAUACUAACAAAAAUGGUAAACGAAUUUCUGAACCAAUGGAUAUGACCUCAGCUGAAAUGACAAGUCUUAACUCUACUGAAGAUCACUUGAGAAUUAAGGCUUUCAACAAAAGCACGGAAUCGAUGACAACUUCCUUCCAAUGCAAAGAAGACACUAAAUAUAAAUACGUGUCGAUUCCUAAACCGGAAAUCUCUGAUUACUAUUCAAUUGUCCACAAAAAUAGAAAAUGUAAGACAAAUGCAAAGCAAACGCUAAUUAUUGAUAUGAAAGGAAGGGAUGCAUUGGAAUCGCCCAAUGAGUCGCCCCAUAGGUAUAGCCUUCCGAAUACAAUGUUUGAUAAACAACAGCAACUGGAAGUCGACUGUCAGCCCAAUCAGUGCUGUCAUUAUGUGGACGACUCUCACAAACCGACCGCCGAGUGUGUCUGUUGUUCCCUAUUUGAGACCGACUGUUGCAAUAAUGGCCACAAUUGGCAAUCUGUUUGUCAGUUUGAGCCAAACGCCGCACAAAUGCCGUCGUCUUAUUUAAACACAAAAUUCAAUUGAUAUAUAUUUUUAUGAAUUUAUGCAAUCUUUUGAUAAAUCAAUUUACAGUAUUUAAAAUAUUUAAUAUAUUGUAUAUAUAAUA